AUGCAGGUGCCUUUGAUCCGGCUUCAAUGCGGCUGCAACAGCUAUGACUGGGGCAAGAAGGGAAAGACAUCAGCUGCAGCCAGAUAUGCUGCUGCCACACCAUCCGACACAUUUUCCAUCCAAGAUGACAAGCCCUACGCCGAGUUGUGGAUGGGCACCCACCCAUCUCUGCCAUCUAAAGACCUGACCACGGGACGGAGUCUGCUUGACCUGGUGGCAGACAACGAAGCACUAAUGGGAAGCGACAUCACUGCCAAAUACAACAAGAAGCUCCCAUUCUUGUUCAAAGUGCUGUCCAUUGCCAAAGCACUAUCGAUCCAGGCGCAUCCAAACAAAAAACUGGCGGAAAAGCUGCACGCCAAGGACCCUAAGAACUAUCCGGACGACAACCACAAGCCGGAGAUGACGAUCGCCAUCACGCCGUUCGAAGGGCUAUGUGGGUUCCGACCGCUCAAAGAAAUUGCACACUUUCUAGCCACCAUCCCGCCUCUUCGGGAACUGGUUGGCGAGGAGCAAGCCAAAGGACUCGAGGAAAUUGCCAACUCGUCAUCCGCCAGUGAGGAAGAAGCCAAAUCGCGGCUCAAAGCCGCAUUCAGCUCGCUGAUGAAGACGCCUCGCGACAAAGUGGCGGCCAAAUCCAAGGAACUGGUCGAACUCGCGCGAUCCGGCAAGAUCAGCCCUGGACCCAGCGUCAACACGCCCGAAGAGCUGUGCGAGCUGGUGCAGCGGUGCAACAGUCAAUUUCCCGAAGACAUUGGCCUUUUCGUCCUGUUCUUCCUGAACUACGUCAAACUCUCGCCCGGUCAGGCCAUGUAUCUGAAGGCCGACGACAUCCACGCUUAUAUUUCUGGAGACAUCAUCGAGUGCAUGGCCAGCAGUGACAAUGUCAUCCGCGCGGGAUUCACGCCCAAAUUCCAAGAUGUCGAUACUCUGACCGACAUCCUCACCUACGACCACGAGCCGCCCGAGAAACAGCUGCUCCAGCCCGUGCCUUACCCCUACGUCACCCUCAACACUACCGCCUACAGCUCCGGUAGCGAGUCGCUGCUGUAUGACCCACCCAUUGAGGAAUUCAGCGUCGUGCGCACCGUGCUCAAGAAACCGGGCGCAAAGGCCACUUUUGAAGGCAUCGCCGGCCCCAGCAUCGUCAUCUGCACUACGGGUCAGGGCAAGGUCAGUGUCGGUCCCAAAGUCGAGGAUAUCAAAGAGGGUUGGGUCUACUUUGUCGGCGCGACCGCCGAGCUGGUCAUCGAGAGCACCAGUGAUGAGCUGGUCACUUUCCGUGCCUUUUGCGAGAUAGAUGGGGAUGCAAAGGAGAAUGGUGUCCAUUGA